AAAAAUUUUAACUGCUGAUUUCUACUUUCAUUUUGUUCAGAGGGAAAAAUUAACUGUGCAGACAUGGAGGUUGAAGAAAAACCGAAAAAGCUCGGUACAGCGAAAAGGAAACGAAUGAAAGCUGUUCAGGCUAAAAUAAGGGAGCAGAUGGAAUUUUACUUCAGUGACUCAAAUUUGGCAAAGGACAGAUUUAUGAAAAACUUGAUUCAGUCAUCAGAAAAUGGCUAUGUUGACAUCGAGACAUUCUUGACAUUCAAGAAAAUAUCAAGUCUUACAAAGGAUGUAAUCCAAAUAAGAAAAGCUCUUUCACAUUCAGACUUCUUUGAGCUUAAUGAAGAUAAAACUAAAGUGAAAAGGAAAACACCCAUUCAGGAGUUAAAAGAUUUAGAUGAGAAAACAGUAUAUGUUGAAUGUUUACCCAAGACUGCUGAUCACCAGUGGCUGAGAAAACUGUUCUCGCCAAGUGGAAACAUAACCUAUAUCAGCAUACCAAAGUUCAAAAGCACCGGUGACAAGAAAGGGUUUGCAUUUGUGGAGUUUGAUUCUGUUGAAGCUGCAAAGCGGGCAUGUCAGGAGCUCAAUAACCCACCUGUUAGACCUGGGGAAAGAUUUUCACCUGGAAUGUUUCCCAGGUAUAACAAACAACUGGUCAGCAUGCAGAAAAAGUUAGAAGAGAUAGGAGACAAUGAUAUAGAAGAUAAAUUACCUGAUGCAACCAAAUUGAAGAGAGGAAAGAGACAAAGAAGCAAGGCCAGUGAGAGUAGUACGGAUCUCUCGGACAUCUCACCAAAGAAAAGAAGGAACACCCUGAGCACUGAUUCACUGGACAGUCAGGGGGACAGCACGGGGCCAGUCAAAAGGAAGAGGAAGCGGAGGGAGUCGGAGGGGGAGGUCAGUCAGAGGACAGAGGGAGAGAGUGGGAACAGUGAGGACAAGUCAAACAGUGUAAAGAAGGGUAAGAAAAGGAAGCAGAAGUCCAUGUCAGAUACGAGUGCUAGUGAGUCGGAUGUGAGUAAAUCGGGUGAUGUUAGUGGAACUGAGAAUGAGAGGAGGAGAAAGACUGACACAGUGGGGGAUAAAAAAGGAGAAAAAACCUCAGGGGAAGAUAACUCUUCAACAACUAAAGGCACAAAGCAGGGAACUUUUGAGUCUGAAUCUAAAAUGUGUGAGGAUCAGCAGAGGAAAAGGAGAGCUGAUGAAAAGAGUGACUGUUAUAGCUCACCUAAAAAGUUACCGAAAGUUACCUCUGGUGGUCAAAGUGAAGAGACAAGUAAAGGGACCCCAACAAAAAAGAAAGAGAAAAGGAAAAGAAAGAAGAAGCACAAAGAAAGAGGCCUACCAGAGCUAAGAGUGAUCCCAAAAUUGGAAUGGCUCUAUCUGAAAAAAGAAUACUUAAAUCUGCAAAAGGAAAGUAUGAAAAAUCUUAAACAAAAUCUAAAGCAGAUGAAAAUGGAAGACUCAUCAGAGCAAAACAAAGAACAUACGCAAGAAGCAAUGCCUGAGAAGCCGACAGUAGAGAUGCCAGGAACAGUUGUUCGUUUGUCAAGUGAAUGUCCAGUGUACAGAAAGCAAUUAAAGACAGACCUGGGUCCAGAGACAGCAGUGGCUUAUGUAGAUGUGCUGGAGGGGGAGAAGGAAGGCUUUGUCAGGUUCAAGGACACUGAUAGUGCUACAAAGGUCAUAGGUCACUCCUGGCCUCACUAUCACUUCACUCUACUUACAGGCACAGAUGAAGAGAUGUAUUGGAACAAACUUAAGGCUGACAAGAUGAAGAAGUAUGAGAGUAAACAGAAAAAGUCUGAAAAGCGGGGACAGAAGAAGGUGAAUGAAGUACCGUUAAUAGAUCGCGCUCAGAAACGUAACAAAGAAAACAUGGACAGAGUGCACAUCCGUUUCUCAGAAGAUGAGUGAACAAUUCAAAAUGAACUCCAUCAUCAGUGAUCACAAGCAGAGACAUUUAUGACUCUGUCACAAGUUAUCAUUAAUAGAGUAUAAUUUAAAUUUUUCAUAAAUGUGUUCAAUGAACAGUAGUGCUGUUUUGUGCCUGUAUUAAAUAAAGAAGAAAGAAUAUAC